AUGUCAUCUCUAUUAGAAGAAUUGGUAUCUUUUCUGCACUCCCCUCAACCAGCAGUUAAGCAGAUCGCUUUGGAUAAUUUGGUUGGCUACUCCACCGGUAGUAAUUCAUCCAUCUUUAAACAUGGCGACUACAGGCCUGUUAAAGAUUUAAUGCAAUUGGCUAGAGAAAACUCUAGAAUUAUUGUUCAACAGUCUGUGACUAUUUUGGCCAAUCUUUCAGACGAUGCCAACAUAAGAAAGAUGAUUUUGGAUGAUGAUAGCUUUUUGACCUUUUUGGCGUGGAAGAUUUGCGAUUUGAAUAAUACAUCUGCUGAUAUUAUGUGCAUUCUGUUGAGUAAUCUGGCGAAUGAAAAUGAAAUUGUCAAGAUAUUUGACAUCCAGGAGUCUUCAGAUGACAAAGUACAAUUGGAUAAAAAAGUAUUUAAAAGUGCCAACGUCGUGGAUUGUUUAAUGGAUUGUUUUGUAAAGGGUUAUGAUAGAACAAUAAACAAGUAUGCCAACUUCGAUUAUCUAGCCUUCUUUUUCAGCGAUAUCUCACGGUUUAGAAAGGGUAGAGAAUAUUUCGUAAAUGAACAAGAAUACGAUGCGGUUAUCCCAAUUACGAAGCUUUUGGUGUUCACUGAAAUGUAUGAUAACAAGAUAAGGAGAGGGGGUGUGGCGACUACAAUCAAGAAUUCUCUGUUUGAUUCUGAACAGCAUGAGAAAAUGUUAAAGGAUGGAAAACUCAACCUUUUGCCAUAUAUUUUGCUACCAAUUACGAGUGGAGGGGAUUCAGGGAUUGAUGAGGAAGAUAUGUUCAAUCUUCCGGAAGAAUUGCAAUUCCUUCCGGAAGACAAACAAAGAGAACCCCUUCCUGAAAUAAUCUGCUAUCACUUAGAAAGUAUUCUUUUAUUAUGUACGACUGCCAAUUGUAGGGAGUUUUUAAGAGAAAAGUCAGUCUACCCUUUGAUCAGAGAGUUACAUAAAAAUCUUGAAGAUGAGGGUGUCAAUGAACUAUGUCAUAGAAUUGUUAAUAUGCUGAUGAGAGGGGAACCUGAAGACGGAAAAAUUAUAGAAUUGCCAUCAAAAUCGGCUGACGAGGAGGAUGACUCAGAAGAUGAAGCUAUAGUUGAAGUUAUGUGA